AUGCGUUUCACAACUCUCACGUUUUUGAUUGCGCUUGUAGCGGCCAAACAGGUUGCGUCUCCAAUCACGUCGUUUGCGAUCGGACAAGCCGACGAUGUUUCCAACAAGGAAGGCGUUGCCCGAAGCAAAUGGGAGCUGGACUACACCUUUGCCCUGUCUCCCGAGCAGGAUCACGUCGAUCCCGGCGACUUUUUCACCUUUGAUUUGGACGAAAAACUGAAUGUUGCAGAUGUUGAUUCCUACGACUUCCUGGUGAAGGAUCCCCAAGGAGUCGACAUAAUGAGAAUCACCAACGACGGCCACCAUUUCACCGCAACUUACACCGACUAUGUUUUAGACAAGAACUACCAGAUAACCGGCGACUUCUUUUUGCAGGCUUCUCUCAACAACGAAAUUGUGCGAGAAACCGGACCCACCACGAUAACCACAUACACCAACAAGGGCGACUUUUCGGACGAAAUCAUCAUCAAGUCUGUGGUUCAAAAAGACAAUGUUUACAAGAUUGCCGAGAGAGAAGGAAACCGAAUCAGAUGGACCAUUCAAGUUCCUGCGUCGCCUUAUGAUCGUAUCAAGGUGGUUGACAAGCUGGAUGACGAUGGAACUGUGUACCAGAGCCAAGAGAAACUUAUUGCCGAGAUGGAGCUCAAGAUGUUCAAGGGUCUGACGGAGACUUUUGAUUACGACACGGUUGACAUUGUCAAGGAUGUCUCUCCUUACGUCAAGGUGACUUCCUUUGCUUCGGAUGGGUUCACUCUGUACCUCGAGAACGUGCCCCAGGACGAUGUGACUGUCCAGAUUGUUUUCUGGUCGGAUCUACAGUACCGACAAGACAGAUACACCAAUGCCAUGGACUGGGUGCUGUGGGAGGAAGGACAUGGAGGUCCAUUUCCUUCUGAUCCUUCUUCUGCGGGCUCUUCUGCUAGUGGAGAGAUUGGGACGCACACUGGAGGAGCCUGGUCCCGGUCUGGAACAGCUAAGGGUGGUGCACUUUGGGAAUCGCCCUAUUCCGAUAAUGAUCUUAAUGCUGGAGGUCAGGGUGAUGGAGAGGGAAGAAAGUCUUCAGUUAUUCUGCCUCCCUACAGAGAAGGCGAGGAGCCAACUUCCAGCGCUGAACCUACUAUUACCCCUACUCCUACUCCAGCGUCGACUUCUACGGAGGCAACCACCACAGAGGUGUCUUCCACUGAGUCGUCUAUGGAGUCUUCCUACGAGCCCACUCCUGUCCCUACUACCUCAGUAGAAAAAUCUGAAGCUCCCAAGACUGAGGAGCCCAUAUCGGAGCCUUUUUCCACUGUUGAGUCCACUAUGUUGGAACCUAACUCUGAGCUCUUUUCUGAACCCUCUUCCUUAGUGGAAUCCACCACUGAGUUGCACUCGUCCACUGAGGCUAGUACCACUGAUGAGUUUACUCCCGCUGGGUCAACUACUGUAAUGAUCUCAUCUACAGAGGGACCCUCAUCAAGUACUGGUGAGCCCUCUUCUUCUUCUCUCCUGGAGACUGCUGAAGCAUCACCUAGCAUUCUCAGGACCUCCAGCGUCCCUGUGAUUUCCAGUGCUUCCGAGACUACAGUCCCCGCGACUUCCAAAAAGCUCUCUAGUGCUGUUGAGAUCUCGUCUACCGAAGUUUCCAGCGCUGACCCGUCUUCCACAGUCGAGCCUAGCUCUUCGAUUCCGGAAUCAUCCAGUUCUGCUGAGACUUCCACUGAAUCAUCUGUUGUCCUUUUGUCUUCGGUUGAGUAUUCGUCUUCUGUCGAGCCCAGCUCUUCUUUUGAGCCCAGCUCUUCUGCCGAGUCUUCGUCUUCUGUCAAGCCCAGCUCUUCUGUUGUGUCUAGCACUCCCCUGACCUCAACCGCCCCCUCUGCAUUCUCAUUUGUGAACUCCACGACCCCAGUCCCCGAAUCUACCAGUGCUCCGGUGACUAUACUGUUUUCCAGUUCUGAACCUGUUCACAUUACUGGAUCUGAAUCUACUACUGUCACGGAGACCACUGAGUCAGUCUCGGUUGAAUUUAGCUCCUCAGUUGGGUCUAGUUCUGCUCUUGAGUCGAUAACAGAGUCUUCCACCUCCACUUCCUCUUCGACCCCCUCUUCCGAUUUCCCGACCCCGUCUUCCAAGUCCUCUACUAGUGAGUAUAUAGAUCAGCUUCGCAAACCUCCGUUUCAUACUAACACAACACAGCUCUGUCUUCAACAAUCAAGGCUACCACUGACUCCUCAAUUGUCCCCCUCUUCCGAGCCAACCACAGAGACAGUUUCUCUUUUCACAGAGCUGUUAUCUUCUAUGGAACCCACAUCUGGUAAGCACGGUGACUCAGCCUUUGAUCCCACUUCCUCUUCUAACAUAGCUCCCACUACUCCAAAUCCCUGCAAUGUUGUUGAGUCAGCCACUAUCUCUGGAACCCCUACAAUCGUCACUUCUGACUUUUGUCAGGAGUCCUCAGACUCUGUCUCCACCGCUCCCAUCUCCUCCGCUCCCAUCUCCUCCGACCCCAUCUCCUCCGACCCCUUUACGGUGGAACACCCUGUCACAGUGUCUGGAACUCCUUCUGUUCUCACUACCGACUUGAGCCUGACUACAAUUUCCAAUCCCUGCAUCGAAACCGAAGUUGCCGCUGUCUCUGGAGUUGAAUUCACCGUAUUCAAAGACAACUGUUUUUCUGCUCCAGUCUCUCUGGUUCCCAGCAGCUCCACCCCCGCCGCCUGUGUCGAAACCAUCACCGUGUCUGGCAAGGUCUCCAUUGUCAACAAGGAGGAAUGCAACGUCACAUCCACCGUCACUGUCCUUGCCCCUAUCACCAAGACCAUUACUCAUUGCGACAACGAGUCCUGCACAGCCAUUCCCGUCACUCUCUCCGCGCCUCCUACUCACGCCAUGGAGAUUGUCACUGUUAUUGAUGAUAAGACUUUCACCGUGACAGUGUGCGACGACCACAUUAUCACCACCCAGACCAAACCCGUCACUAUGACCAAGACUGUAUGUGACAAGACCAAAUGUGUGACCCUUACCCAAACCGAGCCUACUCUUACCACCGUCAUCAAUCGCAAGACCAUCACCUUGACUGUGCCUACUCACGAGACUGAGGUCAACACAGUCACUACUGUCGUCGACAACAAGACACUGGCACUCACUACUGUCGUUUACAACAAGACUCCCACCAGCCUCCCAAGCACUCCUAUCAAGUCUGUCUUGACUGUGUCUCCAGAGAAUCCUAAGACCGAGACCCCGGGAAGCGUCAUAGACAUUCCCCAGUCUCCCAUCAUUCCUGGUACCUCUGAAAUCACAUCCAACUCUCCUGUUGCAUCUUCUCCUGCCAUUUCUGGCAACACGACAAUCCCCAGACCCUUCCACACCCGAAAGCCGAGUUCCAAAGCUGGAACUUUGGAGAUCUCUCGUCUUGCCCUGAUCGCUGUGAUUGUUUUCCUCAUGUAA